AUGACCAGCCCGGCGCCCCCCCCCCCCCUCCUCUCUCUCUCUCGUUCUCUCUCUCAAAGUAUUUCUUACACGCCCACCCACCCGCCUCCCCUCCCCUUUUCUCGCUAUAACUCUAUCACUCAACAACACAGUGGGUCCAGACCGCGCCCUCAACCCCAAUCCACACUUAUCCCUCCUCCGCUCCUUCCCUCCCCCCCUCAAUCGCCAGAAUACCACAUGAUCACAAAGCCUGUCACUUCGACGACUUCGGUGACGGUGCCGACGGUGGCGGCGGUGGUCGUCGUCGUGAUGUUGGCCGUCGUGGUGAUGGUGUUUGGGCGCUCUUUGCGGGAAACGGUGACUGGUGGCGAAUGCGUCGUUGGCAAAGGUGGUGGCGGGGUUGAUGGGAAACGAAAAUUUGGAGAUUGGGGAUUUGGUUUGCAGCAGUAG